CAGUCGGUACUCUCUCGCUCUCGCUGGAAAAUAGAAAACACAAGCAAAGGUAAACAGUGAACAAAGACACCGGCAGGGAUAACAAAGGAAGCGGAGAGCAUUUCCACCGGAAGCGGAAGUGCAUGUGCAGGGCGCUCAUACGCACUACCGAAAUUACGCAUACGCAGGGUUGGCCAGAAGAAAGAAAGUUAAGAAUUAAGUGACUGCACCGCUAAUAAGGAAAUCACGCAUACGCACGGUUGGCUGCUGUUGGCUAAUAGGGAAAUUACUCAUACGCCGCGGUGGCCUUUGAUGAGGUAGAACUCGCUGAAAAGAACAAAAGAUGGGCACUCCUCAUGUCUGCUUCGCCGAUGAGCAGCAGCAGCAGCAACAACACAAGACCGCCAGCAAUGGCAGCCUGAACAACAACAACAACAACAAACUAGAUGUGGGCUACAACAACACGCUGGGCAAUGGCAGCCCCUCGCCGGGCGGCAGUCUCAGCGUUUCGCCAACGCCGCGCUACGAACGCAAUCUGGGCUUCUUUCGGCAGCUGAGCCGCCGCUUCGGCCUGAGGUCGCAGGAUGACCUAGUUCAGUCCGAUGACGCAGCCAGCGUUGCAACAUCGAGAGGCGGUGGAGGAGGCGGAGGGGGAGGGGGAGUGGCCGGGGUCACGCUCCAGGAGGAGGACGCGCACAGUUCAUCGACCGACUCGUGCUCCUCGGGGCGUGGCCUCAACGUGGCCCACCAGUCGCGACUGGAGCUCAUGUCCAUGUCUUGUGCCUCCAGCGAGACGAGCAGCACGCUGGACAUCGAGGAGCAGCAGGAGCAAGUGCAGCAACCAUCGAAGCGGAAGCCGAUUAGCCGGGCCAGUUUCUCGCGACUCCAUCGACGCUCCACAUCCUCGCUGCGUCGCGCCUUCGAGAGCCUUUCGCUCACCUCGCGUUCGAUGUCCUGCAGCGGUCCCUCACCCCCGCCGCCGGCUGCCCAUCCUCCCACAAUCGCCAGCGGUCCGCCAGCAGCGGCCCUGCCCCUCAAGUCGGCUCUCAAGUCCGCCUCAAAUGUGGAACUUUAUAAGCAGCAGCAACACCAUCACCAACAUCAUCCGAUGGGCAGGUCAUCCUCAUCGUCCUGCAGUUCAGUGGCCAAAAGCAAGGUGAAGCCGCCGCCGCAAAGGAUCCUGCGGCAGCCCGUCUCCUACACAUAUCUCAAGGGCAUGUCCGGUCUGCCGACGCAGCGGGUGCCGCGCAGUUCCGUCUGCUGUCAGUAUGCCAGGCGCUAAGGACCCACUACUCAAAUCGGAAAGGAUAUCCAGGAUAAUAAGGAAAGUCGAAGAAAAGAGAGAAGAGAGAGUAAGCAGUAUCAGGAACCACUAAUCAGAUAAUUAAGCAAUCAUCCUUAUCCUUUUUUUUAUUAAUUACUGAAAGAUUAUCAAAAAAGAAAUUUUAGAAGUCAAACUAUUUUCCAGUUCCAUAAAUAUUAAUGAUUUUCCUUUUUUCAUUUAAAUUUACUAUUAUUUAUUUUAAUGCUAACAUUAACCAUGUGUAAUAUAUAUUAGUAAUUUAGUUUUUAUUAACAAAAAUAAGACGAUUCUCAAUUUGCAAGCUUAGCUACCUAAGGUUUUAAUUUAUUUUCUAAAAUUAAUUCAGGUAAAGUCCAUUUCAAGAUAUUACUAAUUUAAGAUCCCUAAAAACCUUUAAGUAAGUACAUAAAGGCCCCAAGGAAAUGCAACGUCAAUGCAGGCGCAUCUGUUGGAAACAUCAUCUUCCACUUAACCUCCCCAAGCCCAAUCCCUGAAAUUCAUUUCAAAAUCUGUGAUACAACAAUCGUUAACCUGUCCCUUACCUCCCAUAAAACCCCUUCCUUUCCAACUCCACCAUAUCCGAAAGUCUUUAAAAAAAACAUCGGCAGAAUUGGAAAAGAUUUAACAAACAUACAUGAUAAAGUUUUAUAAAAAUUUGAAUAACUUUUGCACUUAAUAUAUAUUAAUUAAAUAGUAGAUGCGUAGAAUUUGUCAGAUAUAGAGCCUGUAUACACACAUUUGUCACCGCUUUGAUGCUCGAUCAAGAUCAUUCCACGCAUACCAAAGACUGUAAACGCAAGAAAAAAUUGAGAAGUAAUUAAGAAGCUUGAUUGAAUCGAUUGGAAAAGUCACAAUAGAUUUCCUUUUUGUAUAAAUUCUUAUACAAUUCGUGCCUUUAUCAAAAAGUCAAAGCAAACAAAGAUUCACGUAAACAACAUUUGUUCCAAGAGAAAUCACUUAAGAAGUACGAUAUGAUAAGUUUAAGUAAAUUUCCUUUCUAAAUGUUAAAUGGGAUCAAAAUUUGUCAGGCAUUUAUCUAUGUUCCGCAGUCCUAACUGAAUCAGCCAAAAACUCUCCUAGGAAUCACUAAUUAUUUACUUUAAGACUUUUAUUCAACUAAAAAACAUAAUUUGCCAAAAAGAAUUACCACACACCAAAGAUAUAAUAAACCCAGCACUCCAGUAAGUAGAGUUCAGAAGUAGAUAUUAUAUAGCAAGUCUAAAGAAGCCGCGAAACUGACUUAAGAGUAUUCAACAUAUACAUUACUUUAGCAGUUAUACACAUUUACAGUUUAUAGAGAAGCAUAUUAAAUGAAAUGCAAACCAAGGCCUAACUAUAUAUAUAAAUGCGAACGCAUUGAAUCCCAAGCCAAAGCAAUAAAAGUUGAAGGAUUAUACAAAACAAUAUCACCAAUAUUAUACACAUAUAUACAGCAGCAUAUACUUAUUAAUAACUAUUUACCUAAGCAGCAACAAGAGCAGCAAAGAAUUGUAAUCAUCUGAAAGGCCAAUAGCCACAAAGCAAAGAGAGUUCAAUAAAAGUGAAAUAAUUUACACCAAAAUUGAAGUGUUUUUCA